UGUGGUUAUCCCACUCAUCCUACUCAUCCAACUUAUUCCAGUCAUCCUCUUCAUCCUAGUUAUCCGAGCCAACCCAAUAGUAGUCCCAGUCGUCCCAGUCAUGUCCGUCAUCCAAGUCACCAAAGUCACUCCUGUCAUCCCAGUGACCCUAGCCACCCCAGUUAUCCCAGUUAUCCCGGUCUUCCAAGUCAAUCUAGUCUCACCUGUCAUCCUAGUUAUCCCAGUCAACCCAGUCAUCUUACUCAUCCUAGUCAUCCUAGUCCUUCUUUUAUCUUAGUCAUUCUAGUUAUCCCACCCAUCCCAGUUGUCAUAGUCAACAAAGUCACCACUGUCAUGUUGCCCUAUCCCUUAGAUUAGCGUAUGUCUAGCCAUACCCUCUGUCCAUCCUCCUUUGUCAGGGGAGGGGGGGGGGGGUGCGGCUGCACGUAGGCUAAUCUGAGUCAACCCAUUCAUCCUUGUCAUCUCAGUCCCUGUAUUCAUCGUAGUUAUCCCAGUCAUCUCAGAUAUUCCAUUCUUCCCAGCCACCCCAGUCAUCCCAGUUGUCCUAAUCAACUCAGUCAUCCUAGUUCCCCUAGUCAUCCCAGUCACCCUAGUCAUCCUAAUCAUCUCUGUCAUUCUAAGUAUCUCUGUCAUCACAGUUACCCCAGUCACCCAAGUCAUCUCAGUUAUCUCAUCACCCAUUCAUCCUAGUCACCCUAGCUAUUCUACUUUAACUUUUCAUCACAACCAUCCUGUCACCCCUGUUAUCACGGUAAACCAAGUCAUCCUAUUCAUCCUAGUCAUAUCAGUUGUCCUUGUUGUCCUAGUCAUGCCAGUCAUCCUAGUAAUCCCAAUUAUCCUAGUCAUCUUAGUCAUCCCAGCCAUCCACGUCAUCUCAUUAAUAGUCAUCCCAGUCAUUCCCUUCAUCCUUGUCAUCCUAGUCAUCCUAUUCAUCCCAGUCAUACCUGACACCCUCAUCAUCUCAGUUGUCUCAUCAUCCUUGUCAUCCCAGUUUUUCUAGUUAUCCUUGUCAUCAUAGUCAUCUCAGUGACUCCAGUUAUCCCCAGUCCCCAGUCAACCCAGUCCUCCUAGUUAUCCCAGUAAUCCUAGUCUUCUCAGUCACCCCAGUUAUCCCAGUUAUGCCAGCCAUCCCAGUUACUCUAGUUACUUCAUUCAUCCAAAUAACCCUAGUCAUCCCAGUCACCCUAGUCAACCUCAGAGUUGUACGCACCUUGAAAGUCCUUGAAUCCUUGAAAAAUGCAGUCAGUGCUGGAAAGUCCUUGAAUUUCAGUGCGACCACUAUGAUAAAUUGGGAAAUGAAGGAGAAAGUAUGCAAGUAUAAGCCCAAGAUCAUAACAUUUAGGCAGACUAAAAACACAUACUUUAAGUUACGUAAUCAAGAACUAAGUAAUGUGCCUGGCAUGUCGGUGAAAUUUUCACUUGCACAGAUGACAAGUGUGAAUACUGGAGAGGACUGUUUGAGAGUAUUAAAAAGAGGGUGAGAGAACAAGACAUCUCUUAUAUGACGUGGGAAUGGAAAAAUGCUUUGAGAGUGAAAAAAAAGUAUGCUAGAAUGUUUGCAAAAGAUCGUACGGUCAAGAACUUAGAACUCAAGAGGAAGUACCGAAAAGCAUCUGUUUUCCAGUUUUGAAUGACAUUGAACACAUAUUCUAACAGGGUUAGACCUGUGAAACAUUUGAACCGUGCAGUCUUGGAACACCAGGAACAUUUUGACAGCAUUGUUCCCAGUCUUGCAUGUAUUCUGACAAAACAUCAUGGCAUCUGCAGUGGGAAACACCUCUUGAAAAGCCCUGGAAACGUCAUUUGCAAGAGUCUAAUUUUCAAAAAAAGUCCCUAGAUGCCUCGGCUCUCAAGAACUUGUGCCUUUGGUGCGAGUUUCAGAGCCACCUACUAUUCAUUAUCAGCCUGCAACUUAAAACUUUUUGACAGCCCUGAAACACCCUAGUCAUCUCAGUUAUCUCUUCACUGUAGUCAUCCUAGUCACCCCAGUUCUUCUACUCAUCCUUUUCGACACAGUCAUCCCAGUCACCCCUGUCAACAUAGUCAUCCCAUUCAUCCUAGUCAUACCAGACACCCUAGUCAUCCUAGUUAUCUCAUCACCGUAGUCAUCCUGGUCACCUCAGUUCUUCUACUCAUCCUUUUCAUCACAUUCAUUCCAGUCACUCCUGUCAACAUAGUCAUCCAAGUUAUCCUAGUCAUCCCAGUAAUACUAGUCAUUCAAUUGAUCCUACUCAUGCAAGCCAUUCCAGCCAUCCUAGUCAUCCCACUUAUCUCAAUCAUCCUGGUCACCCUAGUCAUCUCAGUUAUUCUAGCUAUCCUUUUCAUCCCAGUCAUCCUAGUUAUUCUUGUCAUCCCAGCAGCAUCAGUCAUGCCAGUCAUUCAAGUCAUCCCAGUCACCUUAGUCAUUCAAGUCAUCCUAGUAUCCCAGUCAUAG